AUGCCGGGGAGCUUUGAAGGCUCCGAGGCUGAUCGUAGAUCAGCCAGUGACCGCUUCGAGAGCCAGAUAUGUUCCCUCAUAGAGAUGUACGGCUCCGAGACUCCUUUCGCCCCGAAGCCUUGGAUUCCAAGUGCAGUGCAAGGCCCGUCUGAGAAUGAGCCUGACGAGCUACCGAAAGGUGUGGAGGACGAGAAACGUUCCCUUCCACAUGUUUUUCGUUUUCUUCCCAACGUCACGGGAGUCUGGACUGUGCUGCAGGUGGACGAAGCUUCUGCUGUCGAAGGGUACAGACACUUCAUCGCUGUGGCCGAGUGGUACCGCUUCAAAACCCCAUUUACGCAAUGGUUUACAAAGAACUACUCGGGAAACUUCUUGCCGCUUGCACACAUGCUAGAGAUCGGUGGUGGCCAUGUCCGUUACCCAGUCAUUUUUGUCUACGCCCAGGUUGCCCGGCGAACAACUUACAAGGGUCAAGUCAAGGAUCUGACAUGCCUGCCGGUGGAUGCCUGCACCGUGCCGGGCAUCCUCGUCCUGCUGGCGACGCUGUUGCCUACUGCGAGUUUCGGGCCAGAGGGAGUGGCCGAAUCUGUGUCGUUUAUGGAGAGGCUCGAGCAGCACAUGAACAUGAACCAGUCUGUGCAGCUGCUGCCCUUUGCACAAACUUUCAAAGUUGAUGUUCGCGAGAACAAGCUGCCAGUGGAACAGAUCAAAGCCAUCCUCUCCGACCUUGGCCUGAGUUGGUCGAGGUUUGCGAAACGAAUGACUGGCAGCACCAUCGGCAUCAUGAUGCCUUUCAGUGUGUUCUUGACCACAUCCUUUCGUUUGAAGGGAGACCCCGAGUUCUGCAAUUCUUUGGGCUUUCGCCGCUUAACCAAGCGGGCAGCUCACAUCUGGGCACAGGAGGCUGAGCUGACACUGGAACGAUGUGUCGUCGUAGACUGCCCGGACCCGACGCUGGCAACCAAGUACCAUCCUUUCAUGAAGAGCUCCCGACGCAGAGGCAACAAAACACUUCGCAUGCACAUGGUGAGCCGCUUCUUGUGCAGAGGUGCUGGGUAUAUUUCCAUGAAAGACGAGAAGAGCUUGGGUGACUUAGGUGUCGUAGAUGCAAAGAGCACCCUGGCCGACCGCACAUCUUCGGAGUACGUUGGACGCCUUCUGUUGAAGGCGGAGGCCACGGUGAGCGAUUGCCUCCAGAGACAACGCCUUCGGUGCUUGAACUUCUGCUUCGACGCGACGUCGUUUGCUGGCGAGCAGGUCUUGUCGGUCGUCUACCGGAUGGACGGUCUUCAUUUCGCUGGAGCAACGCAGCUCCUGCCUGUGAACACUUGCAGCAAGACGGAGGCAGUGGCAGCAGCAGUUGCAUUGUCAAGUUGCUUGGAAGGUGUCCUCCCAGACAAUGCGAAGUCCAGGUUCGCUUUGCCCAAGGAUGCACAUUCUUUUCGAGAAUUUCGCACGCCCACGAAGCACUUGCUGUCUGGCUUAGCAAACAGUUUACAGCAGGCGAUGCCUGCAGGCUGGACCCUCCAGGGAUGCAUCCCGCCGAACCCCCUGCUGCCCGCUGCACGUGGCUGUGAUCGGUUGCCCUUCGAGGUUGAGAAGUCGCUCCUGAACCCGAAGCUUGCCCAGGACGCCAAGGUCUACUUUGUGUGGGAUCCUGAAGCAUCUGAAGGACGCCAAGACUUCUAUGUUCACGAGGACUUUGUCCGUCUCGUGUUUGGGGCGGACGAAGGGACGGAGGGAUUCGUUGGCUGGCAACACCUGUGCUCCCAGAACCUCUGGGCAGUUUUCUGGCCAGACUUGUUUCACAAAGCCGCCCGAAAGGCGGGCUCCGCCAUACGCCGACUAGAAGAAGGACCCCAAUUCCUCCGUCGACUGAUGACUCUAUUUCGCUUUUCACGGGGCCCCUUCAAAAGCAGUCGCUUUGGUCGCACCGUGGCAGAGGCCAGGGAUCACUUGCUGCGGUUGCUCAAGGAGGAUCCGAAUUCAGACUUCGUUCAGCUCUGGCUCACCGGUAUGGCGAAGGAUGAGGCUGGAUGGUGCAAUGUCGGAGGCCCCGCCUCCUCGGACUUCUCCGGCACGCACGCCGUGGCUCUGCUGGAGAAACGCAAAGGUGUCAUGCACUUGCGAGCUGACACAGCGAAGGACGUACGAUGGUUCAGCUUUUACGAUUAUGCCGUCGCAUUAGACAAAUGCUGGCAUACCGAGGCCAUGGCACACUGUUUCUCCCUCUUCGUCGAGGGGAAGAAUCCAUGGGGUUUGAAUCGCACUGGAGAUGCAAGCGAAGUGCUUGCUGACGACACCAAUCAGGACAAGACACGUGCUUUCAUCGUGGUUUUCAAAGCGCUCCGAAUUUACGUGGCCGACUGUGCAAGAGAUUUUCAGAACAGUGGCUCCGCCUCCAUCCGCCACUACAUCUCUUUGGCGACGGGCAAAAAGGUUGGCAAGUUGAUCGUGAAGACUUUUGAGAAUGCUGCGAAGGGGAGUGGCCUGGUCUACUGUGGAGCCACAAGCGACGAGGAAUCCCUCGAAUGGGUGGCGAAGCUUUUCCUGUUCCAGAUCGAUGCCCUGUGUGAUCUCGAUGCUGUCUAUCGUUCUUUUCCCUGGGCAUCUAUUGCAUGCCUUCACGAGUCCUCCAAGGCAGCAACCCUUCAGAGCAUGAGAAUGGAGUGGGAGUUUGUGCGAGACUGCAUUGACAAGCUGCCUUCUGAGCACGAGCUCUACUGGCUCUUCUCCUUCACCCGCUACCAAGCCUACCGUGAUGUGAUGAUCAAAGCCGAGACGAUGAGCUUCCGGCCGGAGGCCAUGGAUGAAGAAUGUGGCCUCCCCUUCACUGAGGUUUGCCGUGUGGUGGCAGGCAUGACAGGCGAGAAGACGGACAGUGUGCUUUCCAGCUUGCCGUGCGAGCUGACUUUCAACGACUUGAGGGACAGUGGCAGGAGGCAUGCCAAAGCUGAAAAGACGGUGCCGCAGAACAUCCAUGCCAUCGCUCAGAAAAGUAGUUCACGCCGCCCUGCUGGAGGGCAGGCCCUCAGCCUCACUGCAGAAGACUGGUCAACUCCUUUGUCGCACAAGUAUGUCAAAAGCCGGGUUCACAGCAUCUUGAAGGCAACGGAUGUGGAGCUUGGAAUUUCAAGCGAGGCCCUUACGAAGCACCGGUCCUCCAAGCACUACACGAAGCCGCACAUCCUGAGCCAGCGGCUGGAUCUCAUGAGGCUGUUAGCUCAUGAGUAUCACGAGCAAAUCGCAGAUGUGCGGGAUGGACAGGACCGCUUGGAUAUGGUCCAAGAGCUUUUCAAGUCCUUGUGGAUUUGCAAGCUCGUGCCGGAGCAUGUGUUCGUGUCUUGGAAAAAGGGAGAAGAAGUUGACACACGCUUUCUGGUUCUUCGUGCAGGGCCACAUUGUUUGCGAGUGCUCCCGCUCGUGAAGUUCGGUGACUCAGAUGACGAUGUGUUCAGCUUCAAGGAGAUGAAGGUUCCUCGUUUGGGGAAGGCGGUGACGGACAUCACGGAGGUGGUCAUCUCCCAGACCAGCCCUGUCAUCGCUCACGAUCAGUUGGGAUGGCGGCAAACUUCCGCAUGGAUGACAUUGCAGCAGUAUGUUGCUGAUGUGUCUAUCUUGACCAUCCCUCGCGGUUUGCUUGCGGCUGUAUGCACAGAGCUGGGCCUGAAACACGGCAAGAUGGACUACAAGGCUCGGGUUCAUCUGUUCCUCCUCAAAAUGGGCAAGUCCGAACAAGAGAUCCAGAACAUCCUGGAGGAAAUCCCUGACAGCUGCCCGCGCAAAAAACGCAACGAGGACCCAAACAAAGACCAGGAGGAUGAGCAUUUGGAGGGCCAGACUUCCGACGAGGAAGAGGAAGAGCUUUUGGAGGAAAUGGCAGAGGAUCCAUCAGCAGAUGAUGAUGCCAAGCAGGGUUCCGAUGAGCCAAAGCCGGAUGAGCUAAAGCCGGAUGAGCAAAACCCGGAUGAGCCAAAGACUGUGAGCCACGAUGUUCCGAUGGCCGAAGGAGCCAAUGGAGCAGACGAGGCCGGGAAGGAAUCUCACGACGCUGAGCUGAGGGCGCUCCUCGUGCCAAAGGUCCGCAUGUACCGCAUGUUCCCCGUGGAGUUCCCGAGGGCGAAGUCGCUCCAGGGUGUGUUGUGUACUACGGCAAUCCGGUGGGCCAGAGUCCAUUUGUACAGUGUUACUUGCCAGCAGGCCCUUUCCUGCCUUAGAGCCUGGUCCCUUGAAUGGUAUGAAAGCCUCUCUGCAGAAGAGAGACAGGGGUUGUUGCAGGUUUCUGCUCGCAUCAUGUGCAGGGGGAGCUGCCGUGCCCACGACAAGAAAAAAGACGACGAGUGA